ACAGACACAUGGUAAGACAGGUGAUCAAAUUUAAAAGGAUGAAACCAGCUCUUCAAGGGGGCGUGUCCUGUUAAAACUCAGGUGCGUAGCUGUCUUCUAGUGAUCUAUUCCGUACAUAGAGUGAACUGCUGUAAAGUGGGCGCCAAGUAUAAGUCAGGGGCAGCUGCACCAUGUCCAGUACAACUGACAAAGUGGAUGCGAAGGAUGCAUACGACGAACAGAACAUGUUUGAGAAUGGGAGGAUAAACUUGCAGAUUGGAGCCCCAGCAUACGCCAUCCUCCAACAAUGUGCCAGCAUCAUGAGAGUAGCCACUGAACAUAGAAUGGCUAGAGAAGAGAAGGAGGGGUUCCUGUUCCAGUACGGAUCACGAAACGGAGACGUAGCUUACAGGAAAGAGCUGGCUUCUUUCCUCACCAGGCAUUACAGAUAUCAAGUUGACAGCUCGUCUCUGGUGGUGACAGCAGGAGCAACACAAGGGCUGUACAUGCUGGCCUCCCUGCUGUUCAGCAGGGGAGAUGUGGUGUUUGUAGAAGAUCCCACCUACUUCAUUGGUUUCCAAAUAUUGAAGACAGACUUGGGCUUAAAGACAAUCUCAGUUCCCAUGGAUGAAGAGGGCAUUGAUGUGGACCUGUUGGAUAGACUGCUGGAAGAGCACAAGAAGUUAUCCACUGUCAGUGUGACGGAAGAGCGGCCCUUCUGGACAAUGCUGUACCUCAUCCCUACAUUCCACAACCCAACAGGACGAUGUCUCUCAGAACGUCGUUGUAGACAGCUUGUCCAGGUUGCAAGGAAGCACAACAUACUGGUGGUCUGUGACGACGUGUACAACACUCUGUGCUAUGAGAGGGACCCCCAGGGCAACUUUGUAACUCCGCCCCCUGCGCUCAUUUCAUUUGACCAAGAGACGGACCCCGGUUUCCAUGGCAACGUGGCAUCCAAUGGCUCCUUCAGUAAAAUCCUUAGCCCUGGACUGAGACUGGGGUGGAUACAGGCACCAAAGAAGAUACGCAGCCUGAUAAUGAACAGUUCAUAUUGUGACAGUGGAGGCUCCUUCAAUAACUACACCUCAGGAAUCAUUGCCAGCGCCCUCCAACUGGGACUUGUUGAACAGCACCUGGGCAAAAUCCAGGACAUCUAUGCAGACAACAUGAAUGCUGUACAUAAGAUAAUCACAGAGGAAUGGCCAACAGGGGUUUCCUGCCAUUUGCCUAAGGGUGGUUUCUUCAUUUGGGUGGAGUUUCCCCAGGGUUUCAGCUGUGCAGAGCUGAAGGAAACCUGCAUCAGGGACCACAAUGUGUCUUUCUAUGUGGGAAGCAUAUGUUCACCACAGGGCCUGUUUGGAAACUGCCUGCGUGUGUGUUUCGCGCUGUACGACAUGGAAACUCUAACCGACGCUGUGAGGAAGAUUGGGCAGUCCGCAAGGCUGAUGAUGGAGGCACAUACCACUUAGUACUAUAGUCCGGGAGGAGAUACCUGGAAAAAAGGUUAUUUCGUAGCCCAUCCAGUACAUAAUUUGUAUAAAGAGCCCUAGAGCCAUGAUGUCCCACCUGGACCAUAGAACAACAUAUCUUAAAAAUCAUUGGGAGAUAUCACACUAUCAUUCUAUGAUAGUGAACUAAAUAAGUACGGGUGGGCUACGAAACCACAUUUCUACACUACUAAGUACUAGUACUAGGGGUGGGUACAGUGUACCGGUACAAAACU